UAUGUUCUCAAUACAUUCUUAGAUCUGCAUAGCUAGAGUGUGGUUAAUUAAUUGCACUUACUAAUAAUGGCUUCUUCUUCAACAGUCAUUGCCAUGAUGGUCAUUCUCCUAAUGGGUAGCACCUCUGCUAAGCUAUCCACGACUUUCUACUCUAAGAGUUGCCCCAGGUUACUUAACACAGUAAAUUCUGGAGUUAGGGCAGCAGUGGCGAAGGAGAAGCGAAUGGGUGCUUCCCUUCUUCGCCUCUUCUUCCACGAUUGCUUUGUCCAAGGUUGUGAUGGAUCAAUACUCCUUGAUGACACUCCGUCAUUCAGAGGAGAGCAAACUGCUCUUCCCAAUAACAAUUCUGCUCGAGGAUAUAAUGUCAUUGACAAUAUCAAAACUAAAGUUGAAAAAGUGUGUCCCGGUACUGUUUCUUGCGCUGAUAUUCUAGCCAUCGCUGCUCGUGACUCCACUGUUCUGCUUGGAGGACCUAGUUGGGAGGUGAAACUUGGAAGGAGAGAUUCAAGAACUGCAAGCUUCUCAAAAGCCAAUGAUGGCCGACUCCCACUUGCAACAUCAUCCCUUGGUAAUCUCAUCAACAGGUUCAAAGUUGUUGGUCUUUCUGCCAAGGAUAUGGUUGCCUUAUCAGGAUCACACACAAUUGGUCAAGCAGGUUGUGUAACAUUUAGGACAAGAAUAUAUAACGAGAGCAACAUUGAUGCUUCCUUUGCAAAGAUAAGACAAGGGAGGUGUCCCAGAACUACGGGAUCCGGGGACAGGAAUCUGGUACCACUAGACCCUAAAACACCGAACUUUUUUGACAAUGACUAUUAUAAGAACCUUAUCAACAAGAAGGGACUUCUUCACUCGGAUCAAGUGCUCUACAAUGGUGGAUCUACAGAUUCUCUGGUAAACAUUUACAGCAAGAAACCAUCCAAAUUCAACUCUGAUUUUGCUAUAGCCAUGAGCAAGAUGGGAGGUAUUAGUCCAUUGACCGGGUCCAAGGGAGAGAUAAGGAAGAAGUGUGGGAGGGUAAACUAAUGUAGCCCUCUAUAAUAUUUUGUUAAAAGUUUCUAUAGUUAAUUGGUAUGAGGCGGCAGGAGCUUUAUCAUAUUUUGAUAAUGAUCAAGAAUGGUCAAAUUUGUUUCUUCAUGUUUUUUAUUUUCAUUUUCUUUUUUCCUUUGGUUUGUCCCGUUUUGAAGAAUUCUCAAAGCAAGUAUUUUUUUUAUCGGAUGUCCCCGAAGGGACCUCAAAGCAAGUGUGUACAAUUGAUAUCCAUGAUGUUCUUUCUAUUCAAAUUAUUAAUAAAAUACUCCAUUGUACUGGUAGAAUUAAA